AUGUCCCAGGGUCUUUUGACAUUCAAGGAUGUGUCUGUGGACUUCUCCCAAGAGGAGUGGCAAUGCCUUGACCCUGCUCAGAGGGCUUUGUACAUUGAUGUGAUGUUGGAGAAUUACAACAACUUGGUCUCUGUGGAGAACUAUUUCAUGUAUGAUCCUGUCCAUCAACAUGGGAAGACUGAAAAGGAGUCUUAUCACUGUAAUCAGUUUGGGAAAAUUCUUCAUGACCCCUCCACAUGUGCACUUAUUCGAAUAAGUGAAAUUACAGAAAACUCUAAUGACUGUAGAUGCAGUAGUCCUGGAGAUGCCUCUCUUGACUUAUCAAACACAGAUAUACAUGAAAGCGUGCACACAGGAGAAAAACCCUGCAAUUCUAAAGACUCUGAGAAACCCUUAGACUUGAGUUCAAGCAUUACUCAAGAUCAGAGACUCUACACUAAAAAGAAAGAACACAGAGAGAGAGAAGAUGAUGAAUGUUUUGACACUACAUAUACUCCUUUGCAACAACAAAACUACAUUGGAGAGAAACGGUACCAGUGUGGGAAAUGUAAGAAAUGCUUCAGUACUGCCUCAUACCUCACUGUACAUCACAGAAUUCAUACAGGAGAAAAGCCUUACACGUGUAAGGACUGUGACAAAUCCUUUAUUAUGAAGUCAAGCCUUACAAAACAUGAGAGAAUCCAUACAGGAGACAAGCCUUACACAUGUAAGGAAUGUAACAAGUCCUUUAAU